AUGGGCGUAACUGUGUUGUCUGAUACCCUUCACAAAAAGCUUGGAACCUGGCAAGUAAAUCUUGAUGAAGUGCUGAUUCAAAUGAAACAGGAUUGGUUGAACAUGGGAAAGGAAAAAUAUCAACUAGCAGGAGAUAACUGGGAUAAGAACAUUCUCCCAAGUUACAGAACCUCACAGCAGAAAACGAUCUCCUUGCAUUUAUUUACUGUUGUGGGAGUUGUAGAUAGAAUUUCACCUCCCUUACCAGAUGAAGUGACGAACAUUAAUUCUGUAACUGAUUUGGACGGCAACAUAUUCAUCCCUUCAUUGCAAGAGCAGAAUGUACUAAGAAAUGAGCUGACUUUCCUUGUUGCUAGUGCAUUGGUGAAUAACAUUGAUCAGUUAACAAACCACUUCAAGAACAUUUACCCACAACAUCUGGAACACCAGUAUAGUCAUUCUGCAGGAAUCAAGACCAAACAGUAUUGCCUUGGAUUGUUUGAUUGCAAUGAGCAGAAAACCCAGGAUGUAAUCCAACUCUUAAAAGAACUACAAGACAAGUAUGUCCCAGUUACAGAUGGAGACAUUAAGGAAGAAGUAUUCUUUGGAGGUGAUCGUUUGACAGAUGAACGAAUACAGUGUGCCCAGCAAGCAAUGGAAAAUGAAAACACUCCAUUAAAACGAUUGGAAGGAUUCAUUUCUAAGAUAGAAGAUUUCCAUCGACUUAUGAAUUUUUUGGAGGCUAUCUGUAAAUUGACAUUUAGCACCAGUUCAGGAAAAGAUAGAGGCACUGCAUACUUUUUUAGGAAUUUGCUCAACUGUCGUAACAUCAAAGGGGAUGUCAAGAACUCCUAUCGGGCAUACAAAAUGCUGUAUUAUACCAUUUUUGAUGGAAUUUGUUGUGCAUUGUUUUUGAGGGAAUUGAAUUUGGACUCCUUAGAAGAUGAAAUCUCCUUUCCUCCUGACUGGGACAAGUUGAACGAGACUGAGAAGGUAGAAUGGUUAAACACUUUAAGUGAAAAUAUUGUGAAGAAAUGGUUCUUUGAAAGUGCUGAUGAUUUAUGUCAAGAGCUGCGAGACAUAAUGAAUGAUCCUGAUCAUGAAGAAAAUUAUUGGACUUCCAAUUACUCCAAUGGGCGAUUCAAAUGUCAUUUCUGUGAUAAAACAUAUAUCUACUCUAAAAGCUUACAAACUCAUGAGCUUAAAGUUCAUUCACAUAAUGUGAAGAAACAAUCUGGUGAAAAGACAUCUACAGAUAGUGAUGAGGUGUUUAACUAUGUUAUGCUAGUAUUUAAACUAGUUGCGUUACAUCGGAAUCUGGAUUCUGCUGUUGAUAUGGGAGAUGGUAUGAGAUCAGUACGGGCUGCCAAGUAUGAAGCACCAAUUUACAAUAAAACAAAUAAACUGAAGUACCUGAUAGGAAGUGUCCAUUUGACUGCAUUGGUAUCUGGAACCCUUCCAAACAACCAAUCUGAGCGCCUUAUAUGGAACAGAUUUAUUAAUAUCAGUGGUGGAAAAAUGAAUAACAUGGCUAUAGACGAGUAUGUAGAGCUUGUUAAUCGUGACACGAAAAACACUUGCUCAGGGUAUCAAACAAAGGAAAGCAUUGUUUCACAUUCAAGAGAGUUUCCACAUCUAAUUGAUGCAACAAAACAUGUUGAUGCUAUUUGUGAUGUUCAUAAAAGAAAGGGCUUUCACAAGAAGCCCUCAUAUGUUGGGGAUGUGAAAAAGGUUGCAUCUGAACUAAUUAGAAUGAAUUCAUUUGAUAAAACUAUUGGGAGAACUCUAGGAUGUAGGGAAAUAGUGUCUGAAAGAAACCCUUUUGACAGUUGUUAUUCUAACUUUACAACCAUGAUUCACAGGCACAAGCCAGUGCUUCCAUUCAGGCGAUUGAGAAAUGAACGAGUUUGAAUUUUCUCAUGAUUGUACAUUUGAGUGAUUGUUACAUACUUUUGCCCUUAUUAUGUGUAGGAAUUUUGAUUCGCAUGUGCAUAUCUAUGUAUUGUUUUCCCCAUCUUAUGAUAUAUUGUUGGCAAGAUGCUGUCAGAUUAAAAGUGGUGAGGCCAAAAUAAAAUAUAUGUGCGUUUCCUAUUUAAAGCCCUCAAAAAUUAGGUAGGGUAGGUAGGUAAACAUUCUAUUUCAUUAAAACAUUUUAUUUGAAAUCUUAACUUUUUUCAUACACUUUCAGUACAGAUCUAUAUACAUUACAAAUACUUUUCACACAUUUUGAAGCUCAAUAGUAGUAAAAUGAAAAUCACAGAAACUUGUACACAAAAAGAAAAAAAAUCCAAAUUCAGAAGUUUUGCUUUACAUACACGUAUAUCAUCAAUGAAAAGUUUAGGGUCAGCAGCAAAUAGGUAGGUAGGGUCAGGAAACCGGAAACACGCAUCUAUUUUACUUUUGCCUGAUCGUACACAUAUAUUA